AUGAUCGUUCAUGUGGCAUCCGUAUGGUGUGCACUCGUAGCGCAAGCUCUGUCGUUAACCAUACCAAGCGUUGAACUAGAAAAACGAUUCCAGUACAUGGAGGUUCCCAUUGUUCAAUUUGUUGAGGGACGAGAGGCACUAAAAGAAAACUUCAGAAGGAUGCAUCCCGAGCUGAGACAGAAACGUUUUGAGGGACUAGCCGAUUACGUUGCUCUCGAGGAUCCGAACGCCAAACGCUCCAGCUUGAAACGACUCGCCAUUCUCAGCGCAAGAGGAUUUGGCCGGAAGUGA